AAAAACAAAAUGUGUGAGAGCUCACGUUGUGUUGUGGCUGCCACGACUGCUGCUGUGGCACUGACGAACGCAAGGAGUUCGUCAGGAGAUGAACCGAACUGCUACGUGUUUUGGCCAUCGCACGAAGUGUCCUCGUCGUGGCCAAAGGAUGUGGCCAACAGGCGAAGGGAGCAGGCGACGACGAAUCGACACGAAGGUUAAACGCGAACGCGCUCGACAUUGAGUGCAACUAUAAAAGACGCAGCACGGACGCCUGCUCCAACAGUCAGUACCAAGACGUCGCGCUAAAAGGCAACUUCAAAGUGCAAAAAAAAAAACAAAUCUAAAAAGCAAAAACAAGUGAACUAAAAAGAACUUUAAUUCUUAUCGUGAGAUGGAUACGCUAUCGCCAAACAAUUGCUCCAAGUCGAGUUCCAGCGGCAGUUCCGCGACCAGCUCCUCCAUGGAUCUGGGUGGUGACAAGAACAAGUCAACGAAGCAGCAGCGUCAACGCGCCCAAAAGUUGUCGAGAUCGCGAAGUUUGCUGCAGUUGCUCAGCAAACAUCUGGGCAGACAUUUCCAGCAUCAUCAUCAUCAGAAUGACACCGUCUACAGCAGCCAGGACGAUAUUCGCAGCUCCUCAACGGAUUCCUUCAGUUUGAGCUACGAACGUGGUUCGCGCAACGAGUGCUUGGAGGAGGUGUUGCACGGUGGCUCGAGCUUGGACUUGGAGAACACAUCGCGCACUUCGUCGGCUUCGUAUUCGCCUGGUCUGGAGUUCUAUGACAACAACACACACAUCUAUGUGGAGACCGUUUAUCGUCCAGGCAGCGCAAUGGAACAAUUGCAGCCUCAUCACUAUCACGAUGACAACAGCAGCGUCGAGGAUGUCGAGGAUGAGGACGAGGACGAUGCUGAGGUGCAGCAUGUGGAUGAGAAUGAGAAUCUCAAGUUGAAUGCGGAGCCACAGCCACGUUCAGCAUCGGCGGCUUCAGCUGGCGCUGCGACAACAGCAACAUCAACAGCAACAACAAAAGGUGGACUGCACUUGAGUCGCAUUUCGAUCUCAUCAUCAGUCAGUCGCAUGUUGCAACAUUUCUCCACAUCGGCGGCAACAACGGCCACCGCAUCGCUGCGUUCGCUGUCCUGCAGCAGCACACCGUUGCGACAAUUGCGAGUGUCUCCGAUGAAAAAGUCACCGCACGGCAGCAACAACUGUCACAGCAGCAGCAGCAGUAGCAACAGCAGUUGCAGCAGCAGUCACAGCAACAGUCACAGCAGCAGCAACAGCCACAGCCACAGCAACAGCAACUCAUCGAAGUCUGGCAAAAAGGAUAAGAAGCAGCAGAGCAUAUUGCGACCUCCAGUUCAGUAUGUUUACAUGAAGGGCAUGUCCGGAUUGUAUUCGCGGGUGCCCAGCUACGCGGUCUGCUGUCCCUACACAUUGCACCACAUGUAUUAGAAAGAGAGAGAGAGAGAGCGAGUGCGAAAGAGAUGGUCACGAAGAGGCGUCAUCGCGGCGAGGACAUUGCCCAGCACAACACACAAUGCUGAAUGCGGGUGAAGGCCAAUGCCAAUUUUUUCGGGUUGGGGGGCGGGUAGUUUAUAGUGAAAAGUGAUGUAGUGCCUAAAGAACGAAACACAUAAAUAAGGGAACGGAACUGUAGAACUAGACUUUAGAGACAGAGAGAGACAGAGCUGGAGUUUGGCAUACAAAGUUAGCGAUCAUACAACAUACAACAUAUUUUAUAAAUGUGUAAAUGUUUAGCCAAAAGAAAAACAACAACAAACUAAAUACUCUAAUCUCUAGCUGUAUGGACUUUCAGUUUACAGUAGUUAAAUGUUUAGUUUAAAAGAAUACACAAAUACACAAAUACAAAACCCCUUAACUUCCACACAUAUCUCCCCUAAGAAAAAAUGUAGUUCUUAACAAUGUUUGUCUCAAUUUUUGGAGCUUGGCUCGCUAAAAAAAAGAAAAACAUAAUAUUAUUAUUAACUAAGUACAAUGAAGAAAACCAUUUCGAAAUGUUUGCCAUUUUUCAACUAUACUUUGCACUUAUUUCAAUGGGCACUUGACUUAGACAAAAUUACGAAUUUACCGAAAGAAAAACAAAACUACAAAAAAUAAUCAAAAUUGUACAAAAUACACACCAAAAAAAAGGACAAAAAUAUAUACAAAAAUAUUAUAAUUAUUAUUAUUAUAUGAAGUAAUAA